AUGGCAAUAACAUUCACGGUACCGAAGAAACAGUUGGUACCGAUACAACACAUAAAACUUGCGAAGCUCAAGUGGGAAGAAGUCAGUGGCUACGACGAGAACCUCAACACAAUCCGUACUUACCAAGUGUGCAACGUCUUUGAACCCAACCAGAAUAAUUGGCUUCUCACCACAUUCAUAAACCGAAGGGGCGCACAUCGCAUUUACACAGAGAUGCGCUUUACUGUACGGGAUUGUAGCAGCCUUCCCAAUGUCCCUGGUUCCUGUAAGGAGACCUUCAACUUGUACUACUAUGAAACAGACUCUGUUAUCGCUACCAAGAAGUCUGCCUUCUGGACCGAGGCCCCCUACCUCAAAGUGGACACUAUUGCUGCAGAUGAGAGCUUCUCUCAGGUGGACUUUGGUGGUAGGUUGAUGAAGGUGAACACAGAGGUGAGGAGUUUUGGUCCUCUCAAUCGCAAUGGCUUCUACCUUGCCUUCCAGGAUUAUGGGGCAUGCAUGUCACUGUUGUCAGUAAGGGUCUUCUUUAAGAAAUGCCCCAGUGUGGUACAGAAUUUUGCCAUCUUUCCAGAGACUAUGACAGGAGCAGAAAGCACAUCUCUUGUGAUUGCACGGGGCACAUGUAUUCCCAAUGCUGAGGAGGUGGAUGUGCCCAUUAAACUGUACUGUAAUGGUGAUGGAGAGUGGAUGGUUCCCAUUGGGCGAUGCACCUGCAAAGCUGGAUAUGAGCCUGAAAACAGUGUGGCCUGCAAAGGUAAGCGGAUACUUUGUUGCAAUGUAAUUUGAUAACCAUUGCCU